AUGGGAGACGAAGAAGUGCAGGCUCUCGUUAUCGACAAUGGUUCGGGCAUGUGCAAGGCCGGUUUCGCCGGGGAUGAUGCGCCCCGCGCCGUCUUCCCCUCGAUCGUUGGUCGCCCACGUCACCAGGUGAGAUCAACUACUCUUGCAAUCCGUUUCCACCCACUGUUUUUGUUAAAGUGCUAAAGUUUGGUGUCAUCACUUGUACAUCCUGAGGGUGCGCUCCAACCAUGUGGAAAUAAGGCUAAAGGCACUUGAAACCGCGUCCGUAAGAGAUGUGGUUUUUGUAAGUGUCGCAGUAAUGAAGCCUCUGUGUCCUGUCUGCACCUGCCCACACCCUUUUUUGAAAUGGGUGACGUAAUUUUUAAUGAAGGACUGUUUGUGCAUGCAGUGUGAAUUAGGAUUUCCCAUUUUAAAGCCUUUUUCUAGGGAGUCCCUUAGCACCGACGCUAGACUCCCUUACGACUUUAGGAGUUGAGUCAGAUGAAAAAAGUAAUUUCCGUGAUCGGUAAUCCUGCCUCUGCCUCACCGGAGUCUCGAGCAUUCGUCUCUGUCCGGGGGAAUGUUCGGUGUCAGGUUGGGGAAAGAACUUGGCUCCAGUCCGAAGGCGGUUUCAUACGAAUUUUGACAGGUGAAGUCCUGUGUUUUUUUUUACUUAAAAGCAACACCUAUGCGGUAUGGAAGGGGCACAUGGACAGUGGUUUCAUAAUCCAACUGAGCUGAGAAACUGCUGGUGUGAAGUGGACUCAAACAGUUUCUUUGGGAUGAACAUACGAGUUUUUCUAUCUUUAAACAGAAGGAUUAAGGGUUAACUCAGAAGAAGAGACUCCUGCUGUAGAAUGGCCGAAUGCGGGGGGUCUUUUAUCAUCUCUACAAGUUGUAGAGUUAUCUCAGACGCCUGUGUGAUCAAUCACAAGACUCGCGCGCUGCUCGGUUAUUCAAUUUAUGUUGCAUAAUCAUAUUCUCAUGCGCAUAUUUAGAUCCACCUUACAUUAUACGAUUGACAGACAGCAACAAAAGAAACUUAGUCAUCUUGCUGACGCUGUUCUCUUUUUGAACUUGUUUAGGGCGUCAUGGUUGGUAUGGGGCAGAAGGACAGCUACGUCGGCGAUGAGGCCCAGUCCAAGCGUGGUAUUCUCACCUUGAAGUACCCCAUCGAACACGGCAUCGUCACCAACUGGGACGACAUGGAGAAGAUUUGGCAUCACACCUUCUACAACGAACUGCGAGUUGCCCCCGAGGAGCAUCCAGUCCUCCUGACAGAAGCUCCACUCAACCCAAAGGCCAAUCGUGAGAAAAUGACCCAAAUCAUGUUCGAGACCUUCAACACCCCGGCCAUGUACGUCGGCAUUCAGGCCGUGCUGUCGCUCUACGCCUCCGGUCGUACCACCGGUAUCGUGCUCGAUUCCGGCGAUGGUGUCACCCAUAGCGUACCCAUUUACGAGGGUUAUGCCCUGCCUCACGCUAUUCUUCGUCUCGAUCUGGCCGGUCGUGAUCUCACAGACUACCUCAUGAAAAUUCUCACUGAACGCGGCUACAGCUUCACCACCACGGCCGAGCGAGAAAUCGUCCGUGACAUCAAGGAGAAGCUCUGCUACGUGGCACUCGACUUUGAACAGGAAAUGGCCACUGCUGCUUCCAGUUCCUCCCUCGAAAAGAGCUACGAGCUGCCCGACGGUCAGGUGAUCACCAUUGGUAAUGAGCGUUUCCGCUGUCCGGAGGCUCUCUUCCAGCCCAGCUUCCUAGGCAUGGAAUCUGCCGGUAUUCACGAGUCCACCUUCAACGCCAUCAUGAAGUGCGAUGUUGAUAUCCGUAAGGACCUGUAUGCUAACACAGUCCUCUCGGGUGGCACCACCAUGUAUCCUGGAAUUGCUGAUCGCAUGCAGAAGGAGAUCACCUCCCUGGCGCCCAGUACCAUGAAAAUCAAGAUUGUCGCUCCGCCCGAGCGUAAGUACUCGGUUUGGAUCGGUGGAUCCAUCUUGGCCUCCCUUUCGACCUUCCAGCAGAUGUGGAUUUCCAAGCAGGAGUACGACGAGUCGGGUCCUGGAAUUGUUCAUCGCAAGUGCUUCUAA